AUGCGUGAAGAGUCUCAAGCAACUAUGGACGCUUCAGCUUUAUCCAAUUCGAUUCUAAGCACACCGCACGAUUUCUUGUCUCCUUCCAAUGAACUGCACCUUACCUCGCGACUCGCGACAAAGGCUUUUCUGGACCCGCUCGCGUCUAGUCUCUCUACGCUUCAAGACGCACGUCUCAAGUCGCAGAAAAACGGCAGGAAAUCCGGUGCAUAUUCUGCGAAAACCCGGUUUCGCGUGCGGAAGCUACAUCUCGAUGGAUUUUCUGUGAGCCAGGUGUGGGAACAGGUGGUGAGAAUCAUAGACGAGACCAAUGAACAACUGAGCGCCGAUAUUCAAGCUGCUACGAAGGUUCCUCAGAAGGGAGAGGCGGGCAAACAAAGAUCGCGUCCAUCGCAGCCCGCCAUAUCUGACCAGGAUGUGUCUGAAGCUAGCCAGUCAGGUUCGGAAUCAAACCCUGACAUCGACUCAGAUGAAGCUUCCGAAGACAUGGAAGAUGAUGUCAAUGGCAUGGAGGAAGAUUUCGAAGAGCUAGAAAAUGAGUCGGAUUCGGACCUCGAAGACAAAUCAUUAGCGUCAGAGGACGCCCCCUCCGAGACAUAUUUGGAAGAUCGGUUCGGCUUGAACGACGGUUUCUUCUCGAUUGACGAUUUCAAUAAGCAGAGUGAAUACUUUGAGAGAUUAGAUGAGAAGGGGGCCCAAGACGAACUCAGUGACGGAGAGGAGAUUGACUGGCAUGCCGAUCCAGAGGCAGUACGAGGAUAUACAAAUCAGCCAUCUGAAUCGAAUAAGCAAAACCUCGAUGAAGAUGAAGGGGACGAUAGCCUAGCUAGCGAUGACGGUCAGGGAUUUAACAAUGCAGGAUUUAGUGAAGACGAUAGCGAUGAAGAACUGGAAGAUGCUGAGGAUUGGAUUGACACCAACGAUAUAAAGUACGACGACUUCUUCGCUCCGCCCCCUCGGAAAGCUUCCAAAAAGAAAUCCAGACCACUUCCAAAGACACAGCCUACAGAAUUACCAACCGAGGAUGAUAUGGAACGUGCUAUCUCAGACGUUCGCCGUGACUUAUUCGAGGAUUUCUCAGACGAAGCCGAAUCUGACGCGGAAUCUGCGAAUGCAGGAGAAACGGGUGCAGGACGCUCAACACAUGAAAAGCAAAGAGCUAAGAUCGCAGACGAGAUUCGUCGAUUGGAGUUAGCCAAUGUCACCAAAAAGGAAUGGAUGCUUGCUGGUGAGGCCAAGGCAACACAGCGGCCACUGAACUCCCUAAUAGAGAAUGAUCUCGAAUUUGAGCGUGUCGGCAAACCAGUACCUGUGGUUACAAAUGAGACAUCAGAAGAAAUCGAGCAGCUUAUCAAGCGAAGGAUUCUAGCCAAGGAGUUCGAUGAAGUCAUUCGUCGUCUACCAGACUCGCUCAGGUCAUCUGAGCUCAGUCGCGGGCGUGUUGAAGUCGACCAGACCAAAUCCCAAAAGAGUCUUGCGGAAUUGUAUGAGAAUGAUCACCUGCGGUCUAAUGAUCCUUCUUACGUGGACGAGAAAGAUGAAAAACUUAAGAAAGAGCACGCCGAAAUUUCACAGCUGUGGAAGGAUACCAGCUCCCAGCUUGACUCGUUGUCGAACUGGCACUACAAACCUAGCAUCCCACAGGCAAACAUCAACGUUAUUACAGAUGUUGCCACGGUUAUGAUGGAAGAUGCACGCCCCAGUGGUAGCACGGGCGUUCAGGCGACUCUCGCUCCUCAAGAAGUAUACCAUCCCAAGGAUGCUAGUGGUUUCGGGGGGGAGGUUGUGCUGAAGAACGGCGUGGCCGUGGCUAAAGAUGAGAUGAGCCGAGAAGAAAAGUCUAAGAGAAGACGAAACGAGAAGAAGAGAUCCAAGUCUGCGUCGCAACAGCCUGGAAAGAAAGCCAAGACAGACGAAGGGCAACAGAUACUGACGGAUCUCAAGAAGGGUGGUGUCCAAAUGGUUGGACAAACAGGUGAAUUGCAGUCUUUGGAUAAGGGGCGCCAUAAAUCUGGCAAUACCGGCGUAACCCAGAGUGAUAGCUUAAAGUUAUAA